AUGCUUGGAGGCUUCAGACACAAGAAUUUCCAUACUCGAGAAGGCAUCUGUCUCUGCCUUAUAGCAACACUCAGUGCCUCUGGAGCACAGACUUUAACACUAAGCAAGAUUGUGCCACAUAUAUGCAACUUACUUGGAGAUCCAAACAGCCAGGUUCGAGAUGCAGCAAUAAACAGCUUAGUGGAAAUUUACAGACAUGUAGGAGAAUGUGUGAGGACAGAUCUCAGUAAAAAAGGAUUGCCACAGUCCCGGUUGAAUGUAAUUUUUACGAAAUUUGAUGCAGUCCAGAAAUAUGGAAACAUGACACAAUCUGCAAAUGAUAAAAAUUUUGACGAUGAAGAUUCUGUGGAUUGUAAGAGAUCUUCCUCCGCUAGUUCUACGUCAUCCAAGGCUCCACCAAGUUCUCGGAGAAACGUCGGAAUGGGAACCACCCGCUGGCUUGGUUCAUCCACCCUUGGAUCCAAGUCUUCAGCUGCAAAAGAAGGAGCUGGUGCUGUUGAUGAAGAGGAUUUUAUUAAAGCAUUUGAUGAUGUACCCGUAGUACAGAUUUAUUCCAGCCGAGAUCUUGAGGAAUCCAUAAACAAAAUUAGGGAAAUAUUAUCUGAUGACAAGCAUGAUUGGGAGCAGAGAGUAAAUGCUCUAAAAAAGAUUAGAUCUUUUCUUUUGGCUGGUGCUGCUGAGUAUGAUAACUUCUUUCAACAUUUGCGUCUUUUGGAUGGAGCCUUUAAACUCUCCGCUAAGGAUCUGCGGUCUCAGGUAGUGCGGGAGGCUUGUAUCAUGUUGGGGCAUCUGUCAUCAGUUCUGGGGAAUAAGUUUGACCAUGGAGCUGAAGCCAUUAUGCCAACUAUAUUUAAUUUAAUUCCAAACAGUGCCAAAAUUAUGGCCACGUCUGGUGUUGUAGCUGUUAGGUUAAUUAUUCGGCACACACACAUCCCUAGGUUAAUACCUGUCAUAACAAGCAACUGUACCUCUAAGUCUGUCACAGUUAGAAGGUGCUGUUUUGAAUUUUUAGAUUUGCUUUUACAAGAAUGGCAGACACAUUCACUAGAACGACACAUAUCAGUAUUAGCGGAAACAAUAAAGAAGGGAAUACAUGAUGCCGAUUCUGAAGCAAGAAUAGAAGCCAGAAAAUGUUACUGGGGUUUCCACAGUCACUUCAGCAGAGAAGCAGAGCACUUAUACCACACCCUGGAGUCCUCCUAUCAGAAAGCCCUGCAGUCCCACCUGAAGAACCCAGACAGCAUCGUGUCUCUGCCUCAGUCUGACCGCUUGUCUUCCAGCUCUCAAUAG